GCAAUACAGAUUCAGUUUUUAGAGAGAGAAACAAACACUCACAGUUUUAGAGAGAGAGAGAGAGAGAGAGAGAGAGAAUGGCGCUGAGAUUGUCCUCACAACCUCUCUCAUCUUCUCAUUCAAAACUCACUACUUUCUUCUACAGCUCGAGAUUGGUCUCGAGACCUAGCUCUCUGCUUCAAUGGCGGCCGAGAAGCCUGGCGUUUCCUCGGCGGCGGAGUGCGGUGGUGACGCCUAGGGCGUGUGAGAAAUUGGAGGAGAAGAAUGUUCUGGAGACCGGAAUCGAGUGGGGGAAAGUGUCGGCGGUGUUGUUCGACAUGGACGGAGUGCUCUGUAACAGCGAAGAGCCGUCGAGAAUGGCUGCAGUUGAUGUGUUUGCUGAAAUGGGGGUCGAAGUUUCGGUCGAGGACUUCGUGCCUUUCAUGGGCACUGGUGAAGCAAACUUUUUAGGAGGUGUAGCUUCUGUGAAAGGUGUUGAAGGAUUCAACAUUGGGGCAGCAAAGAAAAGAUUUUUUGAGAUAUAUCUAGAUAAGUAUGCAAAGCCAAAUUCUGGAAUAGGAUUCCCUGGUGCCUUUGAACUCAUUAAUCAGUGUAAAAGCAAGGGGCUUAAAGUUGCUGUUGCAUCUAGUGCAGACCGCAUCAAGGUCGACGCAAAUUUGGCAGCUGCUGGUUUGCCAGUGUCUAUGUUUGAUGCUAUUGUGUCAGCAGAUGCAUUUGAGAAUUUGAAGCCUGCUCCUGAUAUUUUUUUGGCUGCCUCAAAGAUUUUGAAUGUGCCCACUAGUGAGUGUAUUGUUAUUGAAGAUGCAUUAGCUGGUGUGCAAGCUGCCAAAGCGGCUCAAAUGAGAUGUAUAGCUGUUACAACAACUUUAUCAGAAGAGACUCUAAAAACGGCUAGUCCAUCACUUAUCAGACAGGAGAUAGGAAGUGUUUCACUUGAUGACAUUCUCAGUGGUGGCUCAGACAGAACAGAGAGUAGGUCAUUCCCAGAUACAAAUUCUGCAAAUGAUAUGGCCUUUUCAAUUGGAGGAUUGCAGGGUUCAAGGCGAGAUAUUUUAAGAUAUGGAAGUUUGGGCAUUGCUAUCUCUUGUCUCGUUUUCACUAUUACUAACUGGAAGGCAAUGCAAUAUACAUCUCCAAAGGCCUUGUGGAAUUCGCUAUUUGGAGUUAGCACUCCGUCUUUUCAACAGAAUGAAGGUGUAUCCCGUUCUGCUAGAGUUCAACAAUUUGUGAACUAUAUAUCUGAUUUGGAAACCAGGGGAACUGCUCGUAUUGUGCCAGAGUUUCCAUCAAAACUUGAUUGGCUAAAUACCGUUCCCCUAAAGCUAAGCAGGGAUUUGAAAGGAAAAGUGGUUCUUCUGGAUUUUUGGACCUACUGCUGUAUAAAUUGUAUGCAUGUACUGCCAGAUCUAGAGUUUUUGGAGAAAAAAUACAAAGAUGUGCCGUUUACUGUUGUUGGAGUGCACUCUGCCAAGUUUGAUAAUGAGAAAGAUUUAGAAGCUAUUCGCAAUGCUGUCCUACGCUAUGGAAUCACUCACCCAGUUGUCAAUGACGGGGAUAUGUACUUGUGGCAUGAGCUAGGCAUCAAUUCGUGGCCAACAUUUGCAAUUGUUGGGCCCAACGGUAAGCUCCUUGCGCAAAUAUCAGGUGAAGGUCGCCGAAAGGAUCUUGACGAUUUAGUGGAAGCAGCUCUUCUGUUCUAUGGUGGAAGGAAGAUGUUGGACACAAAACCCAUCCCCUUGAGUUUGGAAAAGGACAAUGAUCCCCGUUUAUUGACAUCUCCCUUGAAAUUUCCUGGCAAGCUUGCAGUUGAUGUCCUCAACAACCGACUUUUCAUUUCAGAUAGUAACCAUAAUCGAAUAGUGGUAACUGACCUAGAUGGGAAUUUCAUUGUCCAAAUUGGGAGCACAGGAGAGGAAGGUUUUCGGGAUGGCAACUUUGAAGAUGCCACCUUCAAUCGGCCACAGGGUCUUGCUUAUGAUCCAAAGAAAAAUCUUCUUUAUGUAGCUGAUACUGAAAACCAUGCUUUAAGGGUGAUUGAUUUUGUUAAUGAGACAGUGCAGACUCUUGCUGGAAAUGGAACCAAAGGUUCCGACUAUAAAGGGGGAGGAAUGGGAGCCGCUCAGCUUCUCAAUUCUCCUUGGGAUGUCUGCUAUGAGCCAGUCAAUGGGAUUGUUUACAUUGCAAUGGCUGGGCAGCAUCAGAUUUGGGAACAUAAUACAUCUGAUGGGAUUACUAGAGCUUUUAGUGGUGAUGGUUAUGAAAGAAACUUGAAUGGUUCAAGCUCUACAAGCACAUCAUUUGCACAACCUUCUGGAAUUUCCUUAUCACCUGAUUUGAAGGAAGCAUAUAUUGCUGAUAGUGAAAGUAGCUCCAUUCGAGCACUUGAUCUGAAAACAGGAGGAUCAAGAUUACUAGCUGGUGGUGAUCCAGUUUUCUCAGACAAUUUGUUCAGGUUUGGAGAUCAUGAUGGAGCAGGAUCUGAAGUACUUCUUCAACAUCCAUUGGGUGUCUUAUGUGGGAAGGAUGGUCAAAUUUAUAUAGCAGAUUCUUAUAAUCACAAGAUUAAGAGGUUGGAUCCAGCUAGUAAAAGAGUGUAUACUAUAGCAGGUACAGGCAAUGCUGGUUUCAAGGAUGGGAAGGCCCUAGUAGCUCAGCUCUCAGAGCCAUCAGGAAUCAUUGAGGCACAAAAUGGAAGACUUCUCAUAGCUGACACAAACAAUAGUUUAAUUAGAUAUCUAGACCUGAACAAGGAAGAAGCUGAACUUCUUACUUUAGAGCUGAAAGGAGUUCAGCCUCCGACACCGAAAUCCCAAUCUUUAAGGCGCCUUAGAAGGCGAUCAUCAGCAGAUACAGAUACCGUUACAGUUGAUGGCGGUUCAUCCAAUGAGGGCAAUUUGUACGUCAAAAUAUCGAUACCUGAAGGGUACCAUUUCUCAAAGGAAGCACGCAGCAAGUUUAGUGUUGAAAUUGAGCCAGAAAAUCAAAUGGUUAUUGACCCUGUGGAUGGGUAUCUCAGCCCAGAAGGAUCUGCGUCGCUUCAUUUUAGAAGACCAUCCCCUUCAGCUUCCAUGGGGAGAAUUAAUUGCAAGGUUUACUACUGUAAGGAGGAUGAGAUCUGCUUGUACCAGUCUCUUGCCUUUGAGGUACCAUUUCAAGAGGUAACUCCAGACUCAACCCCAGCAGAAAUUACACUGGCGUAUCUUGUGAAGCCCAAAACCUCCACUGGCAGCUCAUUGCUACCAGUUGUUCGAUGAUUAUGUAGAUUUGUAUAUGAGGUAAAUCUCGUCAACAGUUCCUCCUUUAUCAGUUCUAUUACAAAAUUAUUAUCUUCAAUGGAUCGUGCGGUUGGUUACAAUAGGUUGAAGAAAUUUAUGUAAUUACAGCGAUGAAGCUAAUAUCUAUUUGCUCAAACUUCUUACUUCCUUUUUAUCUUUUUGUAGUUUUCAUUAAAAUUGUAAUUUGAAACCAUAUAAUAUAGAUUGUCAUUGCUUAGAGAAGGAAUAUGCAGAGCACACCUACCUGUUCGAACAUUUCAUUUUGUUCCUGGUUAACAGGACUUAUGCUGGACUGAUUAGAAAUUUUUCAGAAUAAUCUAAUAGCUUCGUAAA